ACCCCUGCCGCGAUCUGCAGCCAUUAAACUCGCUCCCCGUGACGUGGCGGCAGCACUGACUCCCAAAUCCGCGAGGUGGGUGGUCGGUUCUUCCCGGGACUUUAGGAAGGGUAUUCGGGCAGCAGAUCAAGCGAAAUCCAGCGUGAAGUUGAGGGUCCACAUCCGGAAGGAAGAUGCGCGCCCUCAUUCCAGAGCCCAAGCCUGGAGACCUGAUUGAGAUUUUCCGCCCUCUGUACAGGCACUGGGCCAUCUAUGUCGGUGAUGGAUAUGUGAUCCACUUGGCCCCCCCAAGUGAAUUUGCUGGAGCAGGUGCAGCAAGCAUCAUGUCAGCCCUGACCGACAAGGCCAUAGUGAAGAAGGAGCUGCUGUAUGAUGUGGCUGGGAGGGACAAGUACCAGGUCAACAACAAACACGAUGACAAGUAUCCACCUCUGCCACCCAGCAAAAUUAUCCAGCGGGCGGAAGAGUGGGUGGGGCAGGAGGUGCUGUACAAGCUGACCAGUGAGAACUGCGAGCACUUUGUGAAUGAGCUGCGCUAUGGCGUGGCCCGCAGCGACCAGGUCAGAGACGCUGUCACAGCGGUUGGCAUCGCCGGUAUUGGCUUGGCUGCGGCGGCCCUCAUCGGAGUCAUGUUCUCAAGAAACAAGCGACAGCAGCAGUAACUUGAAUGUCUGUCAACAAUAAUUUUGUCCACUAAGGGAAUCUUUUUUUUUCUGGGGGGGUUUGAAGUUUGCUUUUUGGAUUUCAUUCUGUUUUAUAAUAAGGCUUAUUUUCACAGAAUAGAAUAAAGCCCCCCAGAGAGGGUUUUAUUAGAUAAAAUGCAGCAAGAACUGCGUGGUGUGAAGU